CUCCACUGGUGAGGGUAAUGAAAUGUGCUCCGUCAAGCUGCACCAGAGACUUCUCCCGCCUUGUUAAAAUGGAGAGAGAAAACCAAUAGGUGUCCACACUGGUGUGUCAGGCAUGAAUAAUCUUCUAUUGCAAUGGAAUGCAACAGCACUGGACCUUGAUAGCCGGCAGCCAACAUUAUGUGGGAGCUCCUGUGACCAGUGACAACAGAGUUACCUUAAACAGGAUAAGCAGUUUAAGGAAUGGCCAUAUCAAAUGGCUUGACCAUCUUUGCCCUCCUAGUGACGUGCUGUAUUUUGGAAACAACACGCGAAUUGAUUGAAUUUUCCAGGCCGGUUUCGCUGGCGCUGAAUGCUGAAGACAUCCUACCUCACACCAGACACAGAAGGAAUGUGCCUGCAGUGCAAUGGAGAUAUGUUAUUGACAUUGAAGUGAAUGCGUCAAGCCUAGAAACAAUAGACCAACUUCGAUCUUCUGUGAAUGCCACUGCUUUCCCCAUUCAGCUUGAUAACACCACGCAGGUUUCUGACAUCAAUGUCACCACGGUGUGCUCGCCAAAUGGCACCGGGUUCCAGUGCAGGUGUGAGGAGCAGUUUGCUUGGCCGUACAGCAGCUGUGCCACAUAUGGAGCCUGUGAUGACAUUAUCAAUGGCAUCUGCAGAUGCAUUAAUGCCAUUCCAACUGAUGACCAGUUCUGCCAGCCAGAGUCAGAACUGCUAGUUGUGGUGGAGUAUGAAGUGGAAGUGGAGCUGAACGUGUUAGAUGUUAGGACAGUGGACAGGCUCAGGAGCUUCCUCGGUAACAUCAGCUCCGACCUGGUCCUGAGUCCUGCUGUAAACGCCACGCACAUUGAAAUCACCACAGUGUGCUACCCAAAUGGCAGCAGCUUCCAGUGCAGAUGUGAGGAUCAGUUUGCUUGGUCGUUCAACAGCUGUGUUACAUACGGCGCCUGCGAUAACAUCACCGGUGACACCUGUGGGUGCAUCAACAGCCGGCCACCCGACGGCCAGUUCUGCCAGCCAAAGACAGAGCCGUUACAGCUGUAUGAAUACCAGGUUGAAGCUGAAAUCAGUGCCAGUAAUUUCACAGUGCUCGAGCAACUGCAGGACAUUGUGAACAACAUCAGUCUUCCUAUACGACUCAACAGCUCAAUAAACAUCACCAGAAUUAAUAUCAGCUUUACAGCACCUACAGUCCCACCAGUUCUUUAUGAAUAUGUGAUUUCACUGGAAUUGAACACUACAGACUCCACCACAGAUCAGCUGAGAGACACCCUGAGUAAUACCGUUUUUCCUAUCCAAGUCAACUCACAAAUAAACAUCAAUGAUGUUGACAUGACCACAGUUUGCAGUCAAAAUGGCACUGGAUUCCAGUGUCGCUGCGAGGAAGACUACCUUUGGCCUUGUGAAAAGUGUGCCACCUAUGGGAAAUGUGAUGGAGAUACAAAUGACACAUGCACGUGCAUCAGUGCCAUUCCCGCAGAUGGACAGUACUGUCAGCCAGUGGACAGUCAAAACUUCACAGCUUGUCCUCCUACACCAACACCUCCUGCACUUGUGUAUGAAUACCUGAUCUCUCUGGAGCUGAACACCACAGAUGUUACAUUAAUAGAUCAGCUGAGGAUUUUUCUGACAAGCACCAGUUACCCCAUCUUCAUCAGCAACACCAUACUAGUCUCUGAUGUCAACAUUUCCACAGUUUGCUCUCCAAGCGGUGCAGGGUUCCAGUGCAGAUGUGAGGACCAGUAUCGCUGGUCAUGUGACCAGUGUUUGAUGUAUGGAUCAUGUGACAGCAUCACUGAUGACACAUGUGGAUGCAUCAGCGCCAUUCCUCCUGAUGGACAGUAUUGCCAGUCUGUUCAUCAACACAACUUCACAGCUUGUCCUCCUACACCAACACCUCCUGCACUUGUGUAUGAAUACCUGAUCUCUCUGGAGCUGAACACCACAGAUGUUACAUUAAUAGAUCAGCUGAGGAUUUUUCUGACAAGCACCAGUUACCCCAUCUUCAUCAGCAACACCAUACUAGUCUCUGAUGUCAACAUUUCCACAGUUUGCUCUCCAAGCGGUGCAGGGUUCCAGUGCAGAUGUGAGGACCAGUAUCGCUGGUCAUGUGACCAGUGUUUGAUGUAUGGAUCAUGUGACAGCAUCACUGAUGACACAUGUGGAUGCAUCAGCGCCAUUCCUCCUGAUGGACAGUAUUGCCAGUCUGUUCAUCAACACAACUUCACAGCUUGUCCUCCUACACCAACACCUCCUGCACUUGUGUAUGAAUACCUGAUCUCUCUGGAGCUGAACACCACAGAUGUUACAUUAAUAGAUCAGCUGAGGAUUUUUCUGACAAGCACCAGUUACCCCAUCUUCAUCAGCAACACCAUACAAGUCUCUGAUGUCAACAUUUCCACAGUUUGCUCUCCAAGCAGUGCAGGGUUCCAGUGCAGAUGUGAGGACCAGUAUCGCUGGUCAUGUGACCAGUGUUUGAUGUAUGGAUCAUGUGACAACAUCACUGAUGACACAUGUGGAUGCAUCAGCGCCAUUCCUCCUGAUGGACAGUAUUGCCAGUCUGUUCAUCAACACAACUUCACAGCUUGUCCUCCUACACCAACACCUCCUGCACUUGUGUAUGAAUACCUGAUCUCUCUGGAGCUGAACACCACAGAUGUUACAUUAAUAGAUCAGCUGAGGAUUUUUCUGACAAGCACCAGUUACCCCAUCUUCAUCAGCAACACCAUACAAGUCUCUGAUGUCAACAUUUCCACAGUUUGCUCUCCAAGCAGUGCAGGGUUCCAGUGCAGAUGUGAGGACCAGUAUCGCUGGUCAUGUGACCAGUGUUUGAUGUAUGGAUCAUGUGACAACAUCACUGAUGACACGUGUGGAUGCAUCAGCGCCAUUCCUCCUGAUGGACAGUACUGCCAGUCUGUUCAUCAACACAACUUCACAGCUUGUCCUCCUACACCAACACCUCCUGCACUUGUGUAUGAAUACCUGAUCUCUCUGGAGCUGAACACCACAGAUGUUACAUUAAUAGAUCAGCUGAGGAUUUUUCUGACAAGCACCAGCUUCCCCAUCUUCAUCAGCAACACCAUUCAAGUCUCUGAUGUCAACAUUUCCACAGUUUGCUCUCCAAGCAGUGCAGGGUUCCAGUGCAGAUGUGAGGACCAGUAUCGCUGGUCAUGUGACCAGUGUUUGAUGUAUGGAUCAUGUGACAAUAUCACUGAUGACACGUGUGGAUGCAUCAGUGCCAUUCCUCCUGAUGGGCAGUACUGCCAGUCUGUUCAUCAACACAACUUCACAGCUUGUCCUCCUCCAACAACCCCUCCUACACCACCACCUCCUGCACUUGUGUAUGAAUACCUGAUCUCUCUGGAGCUGAACACCACAGAUGUUACAUUAAUAGAUCAGCUGAGGAUUUUUCUGACAAGCACCAGUUACCCCAUCUUCAUCAGCAACACCAUACUAGUCUCUGAUGUCAACAUUUCCACAGUUUGCUCUCCAAGCGGUGCAGGGUUCCAGUGCAGAUGUGAGGACCAGUAUCGCUGGUCAUGUGACCAGUGUUUGAUGUAUGCAUCAUGUGACAACAUCACUGAUGACACGUGUGGAUGCAUCAGCGCCAUUCCUCCUGAUGGGCAGUACUGCCAGUCUGUUCAUCAACACAACUUCACAGCUUGUCCUCCUCCAACAACCCCUCCUACACCACCACCUCCUGCACUUGUGUAUGAAUACCUGAUCUCUCUGGAGCUGAACACCACAGAUGUUACAUUAAUAGAUCAGCUGAGGAUUUUUCUGUCAGGAACCAGCUUCCCCAUCUUCAUCAGCAACACCAUACAAGUCUCUGAUGUCAACAUUUCUACAGUUUGCUCUCCAAGCGGUGCAGGGUUCCAGUGCAGAUGUGAGGACCAGUAUCGCUGGUCAUGUGACCAGUGUUUGAUGUAUGGAUCAUGUGACAACAUCACUGAUGACACGUGUGGAUGCAUCAGCGCCCUUCCUCCUGAUGGGCAGUACUGCCAGUCUGUUCAUCAACACAACUUCACAGCUUGUCCUCCUCCAACAACCCCUCCUACACCACCACCUCCUGCACUUGUGUAUGAAUACCUGAUUUCUCUGGAGCUGAACACCACAGAUGUUACAUUAAUAGAUCAGCUGAGGAUUUUUCUGACAAGCACCAGUUACACCAUCUUCAUCAGCAACACCAUACACGUCUCUGAUGUCAACAUUUCUACAGUCUGUUACCAAAAUGGCACAAGGUUCCAGUGCAGAUGUGAGGAGCAAUACAUCUGGCCUUGUUAUUUCUGCACUACCUUUGGCAGCUGUGAAGGCAUUAUCAAUAAAACAUGUGGAUGCAUCAAUGCCAUUCCUGCUGAUGGAGAUUACUGCCAGCCAUACUCGAGUCUUCUGAUUUGCCCAGAAACAACUCCCCAAACUGAUACUACACCAACUCCAACAACAGUGAUGAGUACCUCAACAAUACCUAACACUACAGUAACUACCGCCACUCAGUCCACAACCACUGAAAUGACAUCAACAACGCCUACACCUACUACAACGACGACCACUAUGACCACCACUACAGAAGCGCCAACAACCACAACAACAGAAGAGACGACCACCACUGCCAGUCCGACUACAACGACUGCUGCUCCCACCACCACCACCACCACCAGUCCGACUACAACCACUGCUGCUCCCACCACCACCACCACCACCAGUCCGACUACAACCACUGCUGCUCCCACCACCACCACCACCACCACCACCAAAAGUCCGACUACAACGACUGCUGCUCCCACCACCACCACCACCACUACCGCUGAGCCCACAACAACUCCACCUCCACCUCCACCUCCGCCUCCGCCAACUCCUUCUCCAACCACACCUGGGCCUCCGCCGCCAGAAGUGGAGGUGAAGCUGUCAAUCACAUUGGACAAGGUAUACACAGAUGCACUAGGUGAUUCAUCCACGUCUGACUUCCAGAUUCUCAAAAGAGACCUGGAAAAUGCCUUCAGCACAGCGUAUGAAGAUUUUAAUUCAGUCACUGUAACAGGUUUCAGACGAGGAAGUGUAAUUGCAGACUAUGUUGUGAGGGCAAACUUUAUAGACGCUAACAAACUGGCCAAAGCAAAUGAAGACGUUCUUGUGGCUGUGGUGCCUGUUGCUACUCCUAUUGGCUCCGUCACUGCAUCUUUCAUCAGUGAAACCCCAAUCAACAUGCAAAGCAUAGUCUAUACUGGUCAAUCAAUAACUAUGACGUGUGGGCCUCCAACUGGAACUGUUAAUAUUGGAACCAUUUCCAGCUCCUUGUGGAAAUUCAAUGGGAGGGAAAUAAAAGGGAGAAGGUUUGAAAUAACUACCUCUGGCAGCAGCUCCAAACUUAGAGUCGACGAUGUUAUUCCUGCAGAUGGUGGCUCUUAUGAAUGCAAUCUGAGGGGUACAGCACUGACCUAUGUGCAAAAGGGAGACCUUUCAAGGGGCGCUAUUAGAGAAGGUCCUGUUAUUCGAGCACAGGGUCAACUCAACGUCAAAUGCAUAGUGGGAUUUACACAAAACCUUCAGUGCUGUGUACAGUCCAACUAUAUAGUGCAGUGGUUUCAAGGCUCAACCCCAUUAACGUCAACUCCAUCGAAUGACGCAACAAAUAGCUACUGCAUCGUCCAUGGCUACAUAGUGGAAAGCUGCAGUGGAUCAGAUCCACAAGAAAUACGCUUUACAUGUAGAGUUGAUGGCCCACCAGGUUAUGAAACAACAACAGAUAUGAUCAUUUUCAGAGAAAGUGUGAUAUGUGAUAAUGCUGAAUAUGGAAAAGGACGAGAGAAUGACGAGUCAACCAUAGAAUGUGAACCUGGUCUGGAAGGGAGCAAGACUGCUGUCUGUGAGGCAGAUGGGACAUGGAGACUCUUGAGCGACACCUGCAUCGUAUCAGAAAUCAAAGACCUUUUGACGGAAGCUGAAACUUUGGAGAUUGCAACAGUUCCAACCUUUGUUGGAAAUCUAAGUGCUGUGGCUGAAGCAGAAAGAACGGAAAUUACAGACUCAACUGCAACUAUAGUUGCCAUUGUUGACAUCCUGGACACUAUUGCAGUUGUUACUGCUAAUGGUGAUGUCAGUGGGCCUGUCAUGGAAAAUAUACUGGAAACAGUUGAUGUCAUCAUUUCUGACGACGCACAAGGUGCUUGGUCAGUUCUGAAUGCAAAUCAAACCAGCAAUGCCAGCUCAGUGUUACUGGGUUCACUGGAGACUAUCACAGAGGGUCUGAAUGAGGAGCUGACCAUAUCAACCCAACUGAUCCAGCUGAACAGGACCAGCUUUAACGACUCCUUCAUGGCAGAUUUGAACUCCACUGCGACCAUUGACGUUGCAGGCGCCGACGGAGACAAUCUCUUCAUCACCACCGUCACCUUCCUCUCCCUAAACAACGUUUUGCCUCCCAGGAACGCCAGCUUCAAUGCCAGCAGCACCAGUGCCAGCAGCCCCAGUGCCAGCAGCCUCAGUGCCAGCAGCCUCAAUGGCACCAGCCUCAAUGGCACCAGCAAUGAAACUGUCGUUGCUGAUAACGCCAUCAAUGCUGUUGUGGUGCUUGUCAAGUUGAAUGCAUCAAUUGACAAUGUCACCCUGACAUUUAACAAGUUAAACAGCUCCCUGUCAGUGAACCCACAGUGUGUCUUCUGGAACUUCUCACUCUUGGAUAAUCUUGGUGGAUGGGACGAUCAGGGGUGUAGAUUUGUCUCCGACAUAGACAAUAUAGUUACCUGCAAUUGCAACCAUCUCACUUCCUUCUCAGUUCUUAUGUCAACCAGCAUUCCUGAAUCAGUACGGCUCUUUUUGGAUGUAAUGACGUAUGUUGGCGUAGGGAUCUCUAUGGGAAGCUUAGUUAUAGGUCUCAUCAUUGAAGGAUUUGUUUGGAAAACCAUGACCAGAAAUAGCACCUCCUUCAUGCGUCAUAUUUCCAUCAUCAACAUCGCCUUGUCUUUGUUGAUCGCAAACAUCUGUUUCAUCAUUGGUGCGGCCAUUGCUAAGAACGCUGCUGAAAACCCAGGGGAGAACCACACAGUGCCAGUAGGACCGUGCAGCACAGCAACAUUCUUCAUGCACUUUUUUUACUUGGCCCUGUUCUUUUGGAUGCUUGUGUCUGGCCUUCUCCUCUUUUACCGAACUGUCAUGAUCUUCUCCCACAUGUCCAAGUCAGUCAUGUUGGCCAUCGGCUUCUUAUUAGGUUAUGGAUGCCCUCUUUUUAUAGCAGUCAUCACCGUGGCCGUCACAGCGGGAGGAAAUGGAUACAUCCAGGAAAAGGACGCUUGUUGGCUAAACUGGAAGAAGACGAAGGCUCUUCUGGCCUUUGUGAUUCCUGCCUUGACCAUAGUUUUUAUCAACUUCAUAAUCCUUAUUGUGGUGGUGUUCAAAAUGCUGAGAAGAGGUGUGGGAGAUGCUGCUCAGGCUGAUGAAAAGCAUGCACUUAUGGUGAUUUUGAGAUGUUUGACCAUUCUGACUCCUUUGUUUGGACUGACCUGGAGUCUGGGAGUGGGGACCAUGGUAGCUCCGGAAAAUGUAGGAAUACAUGUUGCCUUUGCAUUCUUCAAUUCAUUGCAGGGUUUCUUCAUUUUAUUGUUUGGGAUACUACUUGAUUCAAAGAUCCGCGCCGCCCUCUCAAGAAAACUUCCUGCUCUGAGCAGUGGGUCUGGGUCUCGGCCAACAGGAAGCACAAGUGGUGGCAACACCUCUUCCAGUGGACUGGACUUCCUCAACAGACUUCGUGGAAGAAGAAAUGUCUACCAUGUGUCAGGGGCCACAGAGUCAAGCACAUCUGCGACAUCGGAAUCGUUUUCUAAUAUCUGAAUCAAUGGAUUGAUCUGUUAUCAUAAAGAAGUAAUAGCUAAUUUAAAACUGCUGUAGUCAAUAAUAAUCAGAGAAAACAAAGAUGUGCAAUUUUAGUAAGCACUUUUUCUUCUAAUGUUGGCAAAAUAAUUCAACGCAGCUGGGCAUAGGACAAACGUUAAUUAAUACAGUGCGUAUUAAUCGUGUAUAGCCUGUAAAAUGUAUAGCUGCAUUAUAAGCACACUCCAUGUGAACAGCACAGUAUCUACAUGGUGCUGUGGUUGUUCCCCUCCUACAGAAUGACUUAACUGAGAAAACACGUCCCGCAGUGUUUUAUCUGACAUGUUCAAGUACACUGAGAAAACGCUGGGAGUUUGUGAAAUGUGGGUUUCUAUCUGGGACAUUACAGCACUACCUAUUCAGUCACUUUAUCCACACUUGUUAAAUAUGAAGUCUGUUUUUGUCAUUGUGAUAGUCACAUGUGUGCAAUUCACUGAGGUGUGGUCAGUGUCAUUUUUUUUCCCUUUUUUGUAAAUGAUUUAUUUUUAAAAAUGCACAAGUGUUUUAAAAUUGUAUGAGAAUUUUGUUGUUUAAGUUUUUGAAUUACAUUUUCCACUUUCCCCUGGUUUGUGCAAUAUGAAAACAAGCAGUCCAGGCACGUGACAAGUGUCCUCAAUGCUUCAAGUAGAACUAUAAAUUGACCUUGAAAUGUUACCAGGGUGCUAAGAUUAUGUAUGUUAUGACAUCUUGAGAUUCAACAGAGAGGUAAGCAAAGAAUUAGGGGUUUGUAUAAUUUAAGCAGAACUGUGGGUUGAAGGGGUUUGUGUGGCUUGAGUUUAUAGACUUUGCACAUGGUUUCAAAUCAUGCAGCUUCCAUCAAAUUUUAAACUCCAAGGUCAUGACUAUCAUAUUGGCUGCCCAGUUUGAGUUAAUUUUGGGUAGUCAUUCAUUAGAUGUCUUCAUUUUUGCCAAUGUGAAGUCAAUAUUGA